AUGGCAACGAAUAAGGUAUUUCGAUUAUUCGAUCUACCCCCUGAGUUGAGAGGUGCUAUUUUCUCGCAGCUCCUGGUCUCAAACGAGAGCGUCAUACUCCACGAAACAACGUUCUUUACUUUGCCUUCCACCCAAACUUGGAACUUCUUAAAUGUUUUCCUCGUCAAUAUGCAGAUGUAUCAAGAGGCAUCAGCCAUCUUCUACUCCCAGAACCGGUUUACCCUAAACGCGCACUACCAUCGCUUACCUACUCACCUCACUAGCCGAGGGGGUUUCCUUAGUGAAGAAGGACAGCACGCCCGGAGACGCGUGCGUAGUAUGACGAUUUACCUCACGAGGGUAGGCGGCGAAUUUGAACGUGUCUUAGGACCUGCUCUUUCUGAUAUGGUUCUUAACGGGAGCUUAAGAGAGCUUGUAAUACGCUUAGGACCGCCUAGUUCGCUUGGUGCAAAUCGGACGCCCCACCCCGAUAUGGUACAACGGCCUCCCUUCCAGGGGCUACUGAGGCUGUUAGCCGAUCCAUACUUGGAAAGGGUUAAAUUAUUGGCUUGGAAGGCUCAUCUGGCUGUUUUUUGCCCGUUCCACAGGGAAGUAAACACAUCAACGAUCACGGAUAACGAGACCGUUGACAGUCAAGGUACCGCCAUUAUACGCAAUAGUACUGGUUGGAUUGAACUAGAUUGGAGAGCUAUGGUUGAUGUAUAUGCACCUGGACAAAAGAUCGUGCGGAUUGGCGACAGGAAUUACUGA